CACUUGCACGGUAACGGAUUGAGUUUCAGCAGCUUAUAAAUACCGGGCCCUUAAUUUGCACACACAUCGACUCCGUUGAGGAGGAGAAGAAGAAGAAGAAGAAGAAGAAACAUAUCAAUGGAGCCAAUAAGGAAUUCGUUUACCAGUGCCAUGACACUAGCCAGGAUGGGCGUUCCCCACAUCCCAAGCCGCUUUGUUCUGCCGCCGUCCCAGAGGCCAAACCCUAGCAUUCCCGCCGCCGCCAUGCCCGUCAUUGAUAUUUCCGGUCUGCAUGACCCAGCUCACAGGCCUCACGUAAUCCACCAAGUUGGCUUGGCCUGCAAGGAACUUGGUUUUUUCCAGGUGAUUAACCAUGGCAUUCCUUCAUCAUUGAUGAAGGAUGCGAUGGAUGUCGGGGCGGAGUUCUUCGAGUUGGCAGACGAGGAAAAGAAGCAUCUUGUGUCGGAUGAUGUUCAUCACCCUGUAAGAUAUGGCACAAGCCUGAAUCAUGUCAAGGACAAAGUUCAUUUCUGGAGGGAUUUCAUCAAGCAUUACUCCCAUCCACUCUCCUCUUGGAUCCAUCUCUGGCCAUCCAAUCCACCAACCUACAAGGAGAAGAUGGGUAGCUAUGCAGUGGCAGUGCAGGGGCUGCACAAGCAACUAAUAGGAGCAGUGUUUGACAGCUUAGGGCUAAGGGCUGAUUACUUGGAAGAAGACAUUGAGCAAGGCUCCCAAGUCAUGGCCGUGAACUUCUACCCAGCCUGCCCGGAGCCGGAGCUGACGCUCGGGCUGCCGCCCCACUCCGACUACGGAGCCCUAACCAUCUUAGCCCAGACCCACCAAGGCCUCCAAAUCAUGGACCAUGCCCAGAGCUGGCAUUUUGUCCCAGCCACAGAAGGUGCCCUAGUAGUGCAGAUGGGGGACCAAAUGGAGGUGAUCAGCAAUGGGAGAUACAAGAGUAUGCUUCACAGAGCAACUGUGAACUUCGAGAAGAAGAGGCUGUCAAUAGCCAGCCUCCACAGCCUGGCGCUGGAGAAGAAGGUCGGUCCAGCGCCGGAGCUGGUGGAUGACCAGCACGGCUCGGGGUACAAAGAGGCCAGCUUCGGUGGCUUUCUGAAACACAUUUCUGGGAAUGAAUUCACCAAGCUGGGAAGGUACAUAGAGACUUUGAAGAUGAGCCCCCAUGAAGACGAAGUUUAGAUGCAAUUAUAUAAUCUUAUUGCUAUAUGCACAGAAUAAGCGAAGUCAACAUGCAAAAGGGCGCAAGUCAAUGUUUUUAGCUCCUCCGAGUUUGAUGCCAUAUUUGCCAAUUCCCUGUAUCAUGCAGCCAAUCAUCUUCAUUCUUUUGAUUCUCUGUUCAAAUUAAUUGAUCACAGUGAUUUCCUACAUAUAUGUGUCCAUGAAUAGAGGUGCUAGCUCCAGGAAACAGAUCACAAGAAGGAAAUAUAUUCUGGGAUUUUUCUUGCUGAAAUUCUUCAUAUCACAGAACGAUUAUGAUCUAGAUAUCUGAAUGCUUAAAUUAGGUGGACAAUUAAUCGAAGAUGGAAAGCUUUUCAUCAACCUAAUUAAUACAAGCUCAAAGUAUUAAUUCAGUCAAUUAAAAUGUCUACAUAUAUAAUUAACACUUAGAUUAUUCUCUCCUACUGAAUGGUUUUUUACAAACAGAUUUCUGCAGACUAGUAAAAUUAAUUCCAACCUGAUUAAUAUUUUAAUUCUCUAAUAUCAAAGUUGAAAAAU